AUGACGACCUCAUUGCCAGCCCUACUUAACUCCCGCCCCUCAGUUAGAAGGGCACCGCUUGUCACAGUUGAGGAUCAUCGCAUUCCUCGCACACAAACGGUCAAUUUUCCAGCAAGCGAUCCCAGCCUCUCAUUUGAAGAGGUUGUUCGAGAAUAUUCCCAGAUAUGUUCGUCUCCUGAGGACAAACGGAGUGAGGGCGGGGUAACGUCGGAGCUGGACAGCGGCUUCGUCGCUACCACUGUGGACGAUGUUUGUAAACUACCCGAGACGGAGGACGAAAGUAACAAACUCUCGGGCUAUCUCCCGUCAAAGAUUGUUUUCGAGACACGAAACAAAUCACGAGAUGCGAUUCGGCUGGGUAGCACACAUGACAGCAUAGAAGCACUGGAAAAGGGACUUCAGGCAUUAAGGAGGCAAUCUGGCCAGCGAUCGGACUCUUGGAUUCUUGGAGAAGCUGAGAUACUUCUUGAUCUAGGUCGCAAAGACGAAGCCAAGAAGACUCUUGCCCAUUGUGCAACGGAACCGACAACGCGAGGAAAGACAGCGUCUCGCCAACAACCAGUUCUACGAAAAAGUGCAUCAGCGGCGGAUGCUCUGUUUGCUGAAGAUAUGUUGAAGUUCAACCAACAGAGUCAUCAACAAAACCAAGAGGAACUCCUUCAGCUUUCGUUGCGAGCUGAGGACUGGGGGAAAGCGCGAGAGGCUGCGGAAACCCUUCAUCGGAUCGACUCCAGCUAUUUCGACAUCAAAAAACCUAUGGACCGAUUUCUGAAAUGUCGGCAGAUGUUAAACCUCGGAGUUCUAGCAGAAACAGGAGCUCCAAAUUCCAACAAUGACUUGCAACGACAAAGCUUGGCAAAAGCUUUGAGGCUCUACAACCACGGAUGUUUUGCAACUGAGCUCUUUCAUAAACACUUCGAUCCUCCACAAGCUCAGGUCAAUGGACUUGACCACAGAGAUUGUGCCAAUCUCUUCUUUUCCGCCGCACGAGUUUGUGUUCAGUUCCAUCGAUAUGGUAUUUUCGAUGAGCGGGGAAAGCCGCUCUCUCCAGACGGAUUUACGAAGCGAUUCAAGAAAGACGCACUUCCGUGCAGUCCGCCUUUGACCGAGAAAGAUUGGAAGCACCAGGCUUUGCACUUCAUGGAGCAGGGAAGAUCUCGGGCGUUGCUGGAAUCAAUAAUCCGGGGAGAUCCCGAGGAGCCCCUGGUAACUACCAUGCAAAGACGAUAUUUGAUGGCCGACGUGGCGUUGGCAGCUCGGGAAAGCAUACGCAUCAAAAAGAAGAGAGAUUCCUUCCUGCUUGGUGUAGAUCCGCGGUCUUCCGCAAGCACUGCUUCAGACUCGCUUCAAGAUUACUCCCUUUUAGAGCUUACUGAUAGUCCUUCCUCUACAACCAUGUCCGCAAAACCGUCGCCAGAUAUACCAGAAAUCCUCGCGAACAGAGAGCCUCGAUCAUUAGCUCUUGGUCCACUUUUGGAUACAGCUGGUUUGGACGAUUACAAAUAUUCCGAUGCCUUGCCUGCAUCGCCCUCGUCACUAGGUGGAUCUGAUCUCGGUGGAGAGUUAAGAGACAAGAAAUUGGCUCAGCUCAACGCGCAGAUGCGAUGGCGAAAGGCGAUACUUUACGCCUUUUGUGUGUGCAAUCCUACCCUGAAUGCCGCCAUGCCAAGCGCCAGUUUCGUCAACGACGCCAGCAGUAUUCGAUCAAAGAUUCCCUCCGAUACUGUUGUGGUUGAGUACGCAUUAGUUACCGCACCUCCCGAAGGUCUGAUCACUCUCGUCAUCUCUUCAAAUGCAAUUGAAGAAUGUACUUGGCAGAGAGUCGAUACUCUGCAGCGAGAUGUUGCAGAUCUUCUGAGUUCGAUGCAUUCAUGGGGUACGAAGACCCGAGAAAUGAGCCCCAUAUCCCCAAGGAGCAAAGCCCCAAUCAACGUGCACGAGAUUUGCAGCAAUCUCUCCCGAAUCCUCAUCCAACCCAUCGAGCAAUACCUCGCUGGCAAAAAGAAGCUCAUCAUCAUUCCAUCCGGCGAACUGGCACACGUGCCCUGGACUAUGUUCCUGCAUCUCCCGGUCGCCGUUGUGCCAAGUCUCUCCAUCUGGGACCACCUCCAAACUCACUCUCGCGAAGCGGUCCAGCCAUCAAAAGUGUCUGUUGUCGGCAACCCGCCUCGGAACGAAGACGACACACUCCGUGAUGGCGAUAUUCCGUUCUCGCACAUGGAAGCCUUCUACAUCGCCAGAAUCAACCAGGACUUCCCUUUUCUUGCAGGAGAAAACAAUCGCAAGCAAUUUCAAGAAUGGGUAGCGCUUACUCGUGUGCUACAUCUUUGCGCACACAGCACAUUCGAUGAGAAAGACCCCGCUCGUUCAGGGAUCCAGCUGUUCCGAGAUCCACUGACAAUCCAUGAUUGGCGAGAUCUGACGAUCAAAGCAGACUUAGUGGUUUUCUCCUCUUGCCUCUCGGGAAUAUCCAAAGCAUUCCAUUCCGGCUCAGCGUUCGGUUUCGCACACACACUUCUCGGUACGGGAACACGCGCAUUCAUCGGGAGUCUCUGGCCGGUGGAUGACCAGGCCACUUUAUUCUUAAUGAUGAUAUUCUAUGAUCAACUUCGAUUAUUCUCACCAGCCGUAGCUCUCCACAAUGCGCAAAAGCGGAUGCAAAAUCUAUCACACGAAGACGUUUGGGGACUGGUGGAGAGGUUGAAGAUCGAGGUGCAACAUGCGAGAGUUGAUAAGUUCGUCGAUAAUCCGACGUUCUGGAUACGGAGGCUGGAUAAUCUCAGAGACGAUGAACUACAGGAUCUUAGAGAUCCGCGGUCUUGGGCGGCGUUUGUGCUGACGGGAUAUGGGUUUCAGAAUAUCUAG